AUGGCUCCAGGCCCAGGCCUCCCUGCCUCUCUGGCUCUGUGCAGACCCGCAGCCCGGGCGACGCCCGACCACAGGGCUCCCGAGUGCGCGGUGCCGGGCACCCUGCUCCUGCUGCUCGCCUACCUGGUUUACCUGGCGCUGGGCACCGGCGUGUUCUGGGUGCUGGAGAGCCCCGCGGCGCGCGAUUCCAGCGCGAGGUUCCAGCGCGACAAGUGGGCGCUGCUGCAGAACUUCACGUGCCUGGACGGCCCGGCGCUGGACUCUCUGAUCCGGGGCAUCAUCCAAGCAUACCAAAGUGGGGACAUUGUCCUUGGCAACACCACCAGCAUGGGACGCUGGGAGUUCAUGGGCUCCUUCUUCUUUUCCGUGUCGACCGUCACCACCAUUGGCUACGGCAACCUGAGCCCCCGAACGAUGGCCGCCCGCCUCUUCUGCAUUUUCUUUGCUCUUGUGGGGAUCCCGCUCAACCUCGUGGUGCUCAACCGACUGGGGCAUCUCAUGCAGAGGGGGAUGCACCGCUGUGCCCGCAGGCUGGGGGGCGCCUGGCAGGACCCGACCAAAGCUCGGUGGCUGGCAGGUGCUGGUGCCCUCCUCUCGGGCCUCCUGCUUUUCCUGCUGCUUCCCCCACUGCUCUUCUGCCACAUGGAGGGCUGGAGCUACGUGGAGAGCUUCUACUUCGCCUUCAUCACCCUCAGCACCGUGGGCUUCGGCGACUACGUGAUUGGGAUGGACCCCUCCCGGAGGUACCCGCUAUGGUACAAGAAUACAGUGUCCCUAUGGAUCCUCUUUGGGAUGGCGUGGCUGGCCCUGAUCAUCAAACUCAUCCUCUCCCUGCUGGAGACGCCAGGGAGAUCGUGUUCCUGCUACCACCACAGCUCCAAAGAGAACUUCAAGUCCCAAAGCUGGAGACAGAACCCAGAUGGGGAGGCAGAACCCCAUUCACCACAGCCAGGCUGCCAUCCGGAGGAGCCUAUGGGAAUCAUGCAGCAUCCAGAACCUUCUACUCACGUCUCAUGCUGUGGAAAGGACAAUUAGUUCUACUCCAGUAUGUGUUCCAUCUUCUUCCUCAGCAACAAGACCCCUGGUUUUAAGCUUAGCCCAUGACCACUCAGACUAAAGACUACGUUUUUUAUUAAUCUCCUCUUGAGGCUAUUUGGAGCUAUAUGAUUAAAUUCUGCCCAAUAGAAUCCACAGAGAAGUAUCCUGUGUGACUUAUGAAUGUGACUUUUCGCAGCGGGGCGGGAGGUGUUCCUCUUCACUAUUUCCUUUUUCUAGCUGGCUGCAAUGCUGAUAUCGUGGCUGGAGCUCUGGCAACCACAUGGCACUGUGAGGUAGAGGCCGUGUUUGAGAUUGGUGACACAGUAAGAUAGAAAGAACCCGGGUUCCUGAUGGUGGCAGAGCUACCAUAACAAACCUGGACUGAAUACCUCCAGACUUCAUUUAUGUGAGAGAGAAAUAAAUGUCGGUCUUAUUGACUACAGUAUUGUUUGGGCUUUUCUGUCACUCACAACCACAGCUAAUUCUAAUUGACAUACACACCCAGAGACAAAGGCAGCAUCUGAGACCGAAACACACACAGUGAGAAUCUACUCCCUUCCCAGGUGAGUUUGCCCAGGACUCCCUGGUGAAAGGGAUGGGUUGAAGGCUGAAGUACAACUCCUCCUCCACCUCCAGAGACCUUCUAGGUAAACUCACUGAAGAUUUGCAGAUCAUUGUCAGGGCUGAUACAGCCAGCAGGCAGCUGGUCCCCGUUUGACUGCUGAAUCCUUGCCCUAGGGCUUCCUCACACCAGGGCAAAGCCAGGGGCAGGCCAGUGGGCUCCUCCUGCCUCACCCCACCCCACUUCAUUUGAAGACUGUGAUUGCACAGUUUGCAAGGCCAGGUAGGCUUUGCAGACGUCACUGCAGUCUGUAGAUAGAGUGUCUCCCCCUGAGCCUUUCUGUCUCUUGCCUAGGCUUGCUACUAAGGUAGCACACUCCUUAUCACACUGAGGUCCCCAGGCCAGCGGGGAGCCCCUGGCAGUACCAGCCACACCUGAGGGUCACCGGGGGCAGCUGGGUUCUUGGCCUUGGUGGAUAUCUACGACUCGGCUCCCCUCCACUGUAUACCUGUGGUGACACAGGGACCUGAGAGGCUCCAUGUGGCCCCUCCCUGUGGACAAACACCUCGGCCUCAGGGCCCUCCUGAAAUUGGGUCAGGGGCAGCCUUUUGGCCAAAAAAGAAGGAAGGGUUGUUACACCAUCCAGCUUACGCCAUCUGGCCUGGCCCUAAGUGGACCAAGGCCAGCCCCAGGAGCAAACACCAGCGAGUAAACAACAGGGUCCAUGCCCUCUUCCUAAGGCCCACAGACUGGGCAGAGGAAAAUGGAGGUGAGGCUGAGAUCACCGGGGGUCUGGAACUGGCAUCCUUGUACUUAACACACUCCGCAGAGAAGACCCCUAACUCAAAACUGGGAGAGACAGAGGCUAGUGCUGGGUUUAUUUCCAUGGUCCCAACUCUGCCUCACCUUGAGCCCCUCUCUCCCCAUGCCUGGCCUCUUAGACAGAGUCCCUCUCACCCCCCAUCGAUCUCUUCACCCCACGCACACCCAGACCCAUGCUCACAAUGGCCGCCCUUGCCCAGGGGAGAACAAGCCCGUGGUACCCCCGGUGGGGCAGAGGCAGGCUUCUGAUUGGCCAGUUGCCUGCAGAUGUCUGCCCCACAGCCAAUGAGAGGAGUCGCUGGAGCCCUGAGGCACAAAUCCACCCAGAAAGUGAGAGGGGUGGUGGGGUGGGAACGAAGAUGAAGAGUGAGCGGUGUGGGGUGUGAGGAGAAGCCUCAAGAAACCAUGUGGGGAGCCACGGGGAAAGGUCUGGGUCUGGGAAAGGCGCAAGAACAGUCAGACCUCGGCACAGAAACCACAGACUAGAAGGCGCAGUGAGGUCUUGCCGUCGCAGAUGAGAGGGAGGGGAAGGAGGCGUGCUGCUGGCGUCGUAUGGCAGCCUGAGAAAGCUGUCCCGCCCCGUGCAGACAAGCAACCAGGUCACUCGUUCCCUCGCACCACCUUGAAGCGGAGGGAACGCGGGCCUCUCUGAGCCGUAGAGCCCGUGCAAAUCACUUCACAUCUUGCAUCGGCUUCUUCUUCUAGGAAGGGAGAUAAGAGCCGGGCUGUGUCCCGGGAUUCGAUGCGUGUGUAAAGUAGCAGCAGGGUGUGCGUCAUCCCCGAGGAGGCGUGAUGUGCAUCUCAGCUUCUGGCGUCCCACAGUGGGCCCCGGGACCAGGCAGGAGGCAGGGCUGGUGGCUACGUGCUGACCCCUCUCAGGGCUCGGGGCUGGCCAGGCAGGCUCCAGGGAGCAAGCGAUGACGCGGGACUCAGCCCUGCCCUGGGGGGCUUCCAGGCUGACACCAUCACGCUGCUAGCCAGGAUGAGGGGGUCUGGACACGCGUGAGUCAUAGAGG